UGCGGCUCUCAUCGAUGCUCGCGAUCGCGAUCUCGAUCUCUGUUUUGAUUCUUAUCAACUGCGGUACGCAUGCCCGUAAACACCGUGCAUUGGCAUUGCGCACUGAUUCUUUCACUGUCUUCCGGAACUCUUCGAGCACGUGAUCCGAGUAUCCUAGAAAAUCGGAAGCCAGGCGGCAGCGGGUGCUAUGGACUGGGACGAUCACGUGAGCGAGACACGGCAGUACGUACUUACAAAACUGACCUGCAGAACCACGAUCCAAUCAUGCUUGAUCUCGAGUUCCUCAUGCCCGCUAGGUUGACAAGACCCCUAAAAAGGAUCGGAUUUGACAAUCAGUCAACUGACCAUCUGAGGGGAACACACCGCAUUAGAAUGACUAUGCAACUCUCGACAACACGAGCGCAUGUGAUGGCAUGCGGUGAGCCUUCAUUUGCAUUUCAAACAUCAUGUUCCGUCAGCUUCUCUCUAUGUUAAACUGAGCGCAAGGGAUCAACCAGCAAACGUGAGAGUGAGAGUUUGACGGUUGCGUUGGAAAAUGACGUCAGCGUAGUAAGGUAGUGUCAGCAGGGGACCAGACACGGGCCGAGUCUGCUAUCACAACUGCAGAAAGGUCGCAACAACUUGCUCCGAGAUGCAGCGUGAAGAGAUGUCUUGGCACUUCCAGGCGGAUGAGAUGUAGUAGAACAAUUCGAGAAAUCAUGGGUAUGUGGUAUAUCGGGGUAUCACGCGGCCCCACGAUGGGGAGCGGGCAGAUCAAGCGACGGGUUGGAGUAAGUGCCGGAUUGACUCGUGCCAACUAGCCCACCCCAGGAAGAGGCAUUGCGGACUUUUGUGCAUAUUGACGGUCACACUCUCAGUUCUGACGACCUGUCACCUCCCAC